CACGCGUGCUCCCCGGCUGAACUCCCGAGGCUCGCCGACCGUCUUCGAUCACGCAGUGGUCUCUGGAUUGCCCGCCUUUCCCGACGCGGAACCCCGGGCCCGGCAGCCUCCGCCAUUAAUUCUCCAGCGAGGACGGGGUCGCGACGAAAUCUGGAACUGGCGCCGGGAGCGACGAGCCGCGACCACCGAUGGCGGCCGCGAGUUUCCCCCCGAAUUUCGGGAACGUCGGCACGGUAGAGAACCGCGCCGGCAUGGAGGCGAACGGGGCGAUCGAGCACGACUUCCACAACGCCCUGGUCCCGAUAAACGGCAGUCACUCGGGUAGUUCCGGUAGGAGCACCCCCAAUGGGGGUGACCCUGCCCCCGGGAAGCUCUUCGUAGGCGGGCUCUCCUGGCAGACCAGCAGCGAGAAGCUGAGGGAGUACUUCGGCAUGUUCGGCACGGUGACCGACGUGCUCAUCAUGAAGGACCCCGUGACGCAGCGGAGCCGAGGUUUCGGUUUCAUAACCUUCGCCGAGCCAGGCAGCGUGGACAAGGUGUUGAAGUGCCCGAUCCACACCCUGGACGGCAAGAAGAUCGACCCGAAACACGCUACGCCGAAGAACCGGGCGAAGCAGGCGAACCGAACGAAGAAGAUCUUCGUGGGCGGGGUGAGCCAGGACACAAGCAGCGACGAAGUGAAGGCGUACUUCAACCAGUUCGGCAAGGUGGAGGAGACGGUCAUGCUGAUGGACCAGCAGACCAAGCGGCACCGUGGCUUCGGCUUCGUCACAUUCGAGAACGAGGACGUGGUGGACCGGGUGUGCGAGAUCCACUUCCACACGAUCAAGAACAAGAAGGUGGAGUGCAAGAAGGCUCAGCCGAAAGAAGCGGUCCAGCCAGGGGCCCUGGCCCUGGGGAAGCGCGUGGUCCUGGGGGCGCUGGGUGUCCGACUGGCGCCGCAGCCGCCGCUCCCGGUGGCGUCGCAGAUCGCGGCGGCCGCCCAGGCGCAGGCGCAGGUGCAAGCGGCAGCAGCCGCCGCGGCGGCGGCGCAGGUGCAGAGUGCGGUUGCCGGCUACGGGAAGCUCUUCGCCGCGGGUUACCCGGCGGCAGCGGCGCUCUCGGCGUACCGCUACGCCCCGUACCCGCUGCCAGCCGCAGUGGCGGCUGCAGCGGCCGCCGCAGGUCCCCCCCCGGCCCCGGCCCCGGCGCCCCCCCAGCAGGCGCAGUCGGCCGCAGCAGCGGCCGCUGCGGCCGCCGCAGCGGGUCCAGGCAACCCUUACCAGGGGUACUCGCUGACCAACGUCGACAUGUCCAGCUUCCAGGGCGUCGACUGGGGCUCCAUGUACGGCAUGGGCAUGUACGUCUAGAGGCGAUCCCCCGCCGCCCCCCUCCCCAGCGCCCCCGCGGCGGCCUAGGGGGGAGGGAACCCCUUCUGAUCUCAACGGAUGUCACGUCUCGGUGAUCGGCCCCCUCACCCCCCCCCCCAAUGUUUCCUUUAUCCGCAAAUCGAACGCCAAAAAUUCUGCGGAUCCCAAGUCCGAGGGGGUGCAUGCCGCUCGUUCCGCCUCCCCCCAUCACCCCCAUCCUCUGGGGGCGGGAGCCCUUCCGGCGAGGAGACGCCUUAACUUAUUGCCCUAGGUCGUAAGGCCGCGCCAGGUUUUAUUAUUAAUUAUUAGUUCGUCAUUUCGUGGUCAUAUCGUAAGAGCCCGGACACCCCGCGACGCGGUCGGGCCGCGUUGUCGGAUUCGAAGUGUUUUCGAAUUUUCCACCUUUUUCUUUUUUUUUCUUUUUUUUUUCUUUUUCUUUUCCUCCGUUGGAAUAUUCCAGGGUUUAUCGAAUUACGAUUCGAUGGAUUAAGGGCGGGGGAAGACCUUCGAGGUGCCUCGGCUGUUUCGGUUCCUCCUUUUCGCUUUUAAUUCCUUCCUUGUUCUUUCGUUUCCGUUCCCUUCGUUUGAUUUCCUUGCUUUCCUCGGUUUCCUCGGAGUCACGGCACCGAGACUCUCCUCCACGUCGGCGAGCUCGGACGCCCUGACUUCCCGCGGUUUGUUUGAAAAACUUUUCGGUCAUCUCGACCGCUCGCUAUCCAUCAGGGGCCUUUUCGGCGGGCGCGAAAUUCGAAAAGCGCGCUGGCUCUUAAGCAAUAUGGCGGCCGCGGCCGAGUCUUCCGCAGGGGACGCCUCGAGGCCCGCCUUCGAUGUAUAUUAUAUUUAUGUGUGUACAUAAUGCAUAUUUAUAAGCACACGGACAGGAUAAGAAAUAACCCUCCCGCGAAAAGGCCCGUCUCGUUCGGGGGACGCCAUCUUUGAUUAUUACCUUCUCCCCUUAUUUAUCAAUUAUCGCCGCCCUUUGCGUUCGGCCAUUUCCUUCGUCUCUCUUCUGAGCAAUGACAGACAAUAUUCUUCCGCUCUCCAUCUCGUGUAUAUUCGAUAUACACGUUGCAUAUAUAUAUAAAAAAUAUAUAUAUACACGUAUACAGGAGACUCGCGCGUGUCCACGUGCACACACAUAAGUACACAUAAAUACGUUUGUAUACGUGUAUCUGCCCACGCGCGCGAACCUCACCUAGUAUUACAUAUGUACGUAUAAUAUACGCGUACAUAUUUUAUUACGUAUCUUGUGUAUAUUAUACGUAUAUCUCACGUAUAUAUAUAUACUACCGACCGGGCGCUCCGACGCUUCAUUUUGAGACGUUUUCGUGGAGCGAUGUGAGAGUUAGAAGGGAAAAAAAAAAGAAUGAGAGAGAGAGAAAGGAGAAGGACGAAGAGGAAAUAAGUCGACUUACUACGAUAAAUUAGAAGUACUUAAUCGAUACUCCAUAGAGCCGAUAAGAGUGACGAUACGCCCCGAGAUUUUUCAGUCGGCGUAAAUUCGAGUGAGAGAGAGAGAGAGAGAAAGCGUGUGAGUGCGAGAGGGAGAGAGAGAGAGAUUAACGAGAGGGACACGUUGUUCACGCUAGUUCAAUAAGUAAUUAAGUGAUAUCUCGUACUCCAGUAAGUCGUUGCAUAACUUAUACAUACGUACAUACGCCACGUGCAUAUACAUUCAUACUCACAUGUGUACGCGAUAUAUCGAUUAACUAGCGGAUACGUAAAAGUCGGCGGGAAGAGGCGAGAAAAGUGAGGUUAGGAGAGCCGCCUUCCUCGGGACUCCACGUGGCGACCUCCCGGAGGACAUUUCCUGCCGGGGAGGGGUCGUCUCCUAUUUUUUUUUUCUUCCCCAUUUUUUUUUUCCUGUCGCAAGAAAAUGUGAAAUUUUCGAACUAGCGGUAAAAAGAGAGAAAAAUGGCGGACGGUCCGCGCGCGAGGGAGAUCCGCGCGUUGGAUGCGUCCCUGGGAAUUUCGAGCAAUAAGUGAUUACUCAAACAAUACCUAUUGAUAAUUGCGAGGAGUUGUAAUUAACUCGACUUAACUUAUUUAAGCGUCGUCGGUCGGUGGCGAGAGGGAAGGAAGCGACGAGAGAGGAAGUGCGAGCGACGAGGACGAUCUCCAGGAUCUCCAGGUCCUAGGGAUGGGUAGGGGUGACAGGGAGGGAAAGGGUUGCGUCCCAUGGGAAAAGACUACGAUCUCAUUCGGGACCGUUUCGAUCUAUCGACUUGGACCGGGCGUGGUAUUGACACACUCAACGCGACGGUAUAAAAAGUAUUAAAAAGAAAAAAAGAAAAAAGAUGAACGGGUUAAGGGGGUGCGAAACUGGAGGGAUGACAAUUCUGUAACGAUUCUCUCCGAGCUGGGUGCAUCGAAUCGUUUUCGAGAUUUAAGACGUGAAUCUGGAGGCCGAAAGGAAGGUGUCGACGGCCGUGAAAUUCCACUUUUAGGAAGAUUAAGAAUGUUUAACGAAAAUUUUUUAAUAACUCCAAGUUUCCCGGGGGACGAGACCUUCCUUAAGGCCAUCGUAUUCGUGCUGCAAAGUUUUUCAGGCUAGUAAGAGCGCCUAAAGGCGCCCGACGUUUGGUCCAAUAUUGCCCGCACGGUCAGAGGAAUUUCGCCCGUAUGUAGAAACGAAUGAAAUGUCCCUGUUAAAAGGGUUGAAACGAUUCGGUGCCUCUGUUCGGAGGAAAGUGAGGUAAACGAGACCUCUUUGACGCCACUUUAACAUCCCCUUAAGCCUCGCCCAUUUCGAGACCCACCCUGUACGUCGCCCGUUAAUCGGCGCCGCCUCUAGCCGGAGUAUCCGUGGUUAUCAGCGAUUCGUGACGUCAGCUAGCUGUUUUGUAAUUGCGACUAAGUGUCGUAAGAAGUGCCGGGCGCGGCCGAGAACAGUACAAAUAGUAGCUAGUAGGGUAAUUACCGAUGCUCUCGCGAGCGCGGCCCCGGUGAUCGGGCGGCGUUCUAGUAUCUCUUAUCAGGACCGACCCGAGACGUGCACGGGGUCGAGGGCACUCGAGCUCUCAAAGUCUGAGCCAAGUACAAAUUCGGCAUCGAGCUCUCUCUCAUGGCUGUGUCAGUAGACCACUCGUUAAAGUUCGACGCCGCUCGGGUGUCUUUUGGAAGGCUUUUGGACCCGACGGGCCAGCUCUCGACGUAGAAGCGUCCAGGAGUGGGCGCCCUCGUAAAGGACGAUAUCCCCAUCGGUGCAACCUCCACUAAAUUCGAAACGGCGCCCACUUUGGAUCGUAACAUGCCUUUAGAUUUGGGUUAUACUUAGAGUACAAUGCCGGGGAUAAAUGCCCUCUCUCCGUGAACUCGUCGCCAUUGCCCGAGGGGGACGCAUUUAUGUCCGCCACUGUACACUCGGGAUUAAUCGAGAUUAAGGUUAGGUGGCCGGUAGGAUGUUGACUCGGGAUUUCCUAAGCGGAUUAACGUUGUACUUAAAAUCGGAGCCUACCUCGUUUAUGGGAAUUCACUUCCGGGAGUCUUAACAGUUAGUGUCACGGCUCGAGUUUCUUAUCAGAGGUCUAGCACUCGAGGAGGGAAAAUCGAUCCCAUGCACGUCUCUUCUACUCCCGUCCCGGGCCAGAAAGGUCGCGGAUGCGCGGCACGACUUUUUAUAUUUACUUAGAUCGACUUAUCGUAAUGUAAUCGCCGCCUCUCUUUAUCAGGAUCUAUUGUGACCUGCUACCUGUGAUUCGUGAUCUGCGAUCUGUGAUCGGGAUCUGGGAAGUCGAGUGCCGCGCACUCUGCCGGCCAGCUGGAGAAACGCGCGGACCUGCGGGAGGCUAAGUGGAAGCUCCACCCCUCUCUGGGUGGCUUUUUCUUAUCUCGGUUUUAGAUUUUACUUUCGACGUCGCGAAAUUUCGGCCCGUCACUCGCAAGUACUGCCGGGGAAAAGGAGUGGAAAAGAAGAAAAAAAAAUUAUAGCUUGCCAGUCUGUCUCGGAAAAUACGAACCGACACCUGGGGGGUCGAUCCUGUAACUCGAAUCUAGUGAAAGUGACGAAAGUGAACACUUCCCAUGAUUCCGUAUAACUUACACGUGAAAAUGUGAGAUACUUCGCGUGAGCCUGCUCGACAGGAGAUUUCACGUCGAAUGAGGAGAUGUUUCACCCUAGAGGUUUCACAUCUUCAUUGGGAGGUUACAGAAUUCGGUGAAAAUGCUCACGUUAGACGACAGGGCGAGGAAUGAGCCCUCUCGCGAAGAAACUACAGAAUCGACCCCGUGAAAAACGUAGGCAGGGCGACAGGGAGUAGAGAAAAGAGGGGGAGGAAAUAAGGAUAACCCAAGAAGGAAAGGAAUAUGUACGCCCAAAUCGCGUUACGGCUUUUCCCUGAAGUAUCUUACGUUACCGGAUCGAUGGAGGGAAACGCGUUCUAUCGAAUCUCAAGAUGGACUACGAAGCGUACCGCGUAAUAUCGGAUGUUACAAGAAUUGGGAAUGAAUUUCGAUCGGCACCGCGUUACGUCGGAUGUCGAAAUUAAUUUUGUGGUUUGCGUUAAAUCGGAUUUAUUAAUUUUCGAGGGGGGGGGGGGGGGGGGGGGGGGUACGCGUUAUAUCGAGUGCCGAUGAAUUCUCGACGGCACUGUGUCAUAUCGGACGUGGUGAUUAAUCCCUAGGGAGUAUCGCGUUAUAUCGGAUAUACCGGGGUGAAUAUUGAAGGGGCCCGCGUAAUAUAAUCAGGCAGCGAAUUUUCGGAAUGGUCGGAGCUCGAAAGCCCGAAAACAGAGGGAGAGACAGAGCGAGAAAUAACGAAUGAUCUACGAGACUGCCUCGGUAAAAAAAAAAAAAUAUAACCAGCAAAAGGAAAACGUUAUCAGAGAGGGAAAGAGAGAAAACUACCUUACCGCCUCCGAGACCGCGCGAUUCCGAAACUCGUCACCCCCUACCUAUCGCGUAAACCCGGACACACCGAAGGUGCGUUGUUGUUGUUGUUGUUGUUGUUGUUAAUCAGUGGCCGUGGCUCGUAACUAUAAACGUUGUUGUUGUUGGUAUUAUUACUAUUGCCGGUAACUCAGGUGAGCCGCGGGUACCGCGACAAGGAGAGAGAAAAUAAGAAGAAAGCGAAAAAAAAAAAGAGAGAGAAAAACACGAGAAGCCAAAAGUAACAAAAAAAAAAAGAGAGAGAGAACUGAGACGACAAAAGUUAACAAAAUCGGGGGAAAAAAAGACCCGCAAAAAGAUCAAAGGCAAUCGUCCCGCAGCCUGAAUUUGGUCAAGACUCGAAAUUCGACGCCAUUUUGUCCCUCCUCUCCCAUCCUCCCCCUCACCCCUCUUCCGCCACUCACAUAACCUCCCCUCAUCGUUGUUGGUAUUGUUAUUGUUGUUGUUGUUGUUGUUAAUGAUAGCGAUGGGCGUCGUAGAGAGUAGCGAAAGUAGUAGUAAUAAUGUUAACAGCAGCAACAGUGGUACCUCGCCUAGUGGUUGCGCGCGCAUCCGUACGUGUACUCGUAUAUACGUCGGUAGAGUUUCGAGCCAAGUACAUUUAUUCAAAUGUACACAUCCAUAACCUGACAUGAGACAUGAAGAUGUUCUUUCGGUUCGAUCAACUUUUUUACGUCGUAGAGUGGUAAAAACAAUUCCCGAUUUAUCACAUUGCCCACGUGUAUACAGGUACUGUAUCGGGCACAUGGAAAUUAAAUUCACCCUUUUGUAAAUUAAAAUUCAUCAGUUUGCAAGUGAGAUUGAACGUUUCGCAAGUGAUCCCAAGGGAAGUUGAAUUUCGGGCUGGAGAACGUGUACACCGUACGCAUGCGCGCGCAGGAUUUCUAGUUAACAGCAGCAGCAGCGGCGACGACGGCGGCGGCAGCAGCGUCAGUAGUCGUAGUUGAUGAUAACAGUAGCAGUAGCAGUAGCGGUAGUUAUUGGUGUAGUUAGUAGCAGUGCGGCAGUGCGUUGGUAGCAGCAGCAAUAAGCCUGUGACGUAACCGGUAAACCCGCGGCCAUUGAGGGCGGGGGUAUUCGGUGUGAGCGCGAGAUCACUCUUUUUACCGUCAAUUGCAGCACGCGAGAGGCGCGUGCGCGCGCAUCGCCUCGCCUCGCGCGCGGGAAAUUCAAAAUGUCCGGGCGGUGAAUUGACGCCGGAUUUGAAAACUGGAAAGUAAAUCCGGUCGCUUCUAAUAUAGCGAGUUGGUAACCAUCCAUGGCAUGAGAGGAAGCUCCGUUUUCCGGGCAUUUUCUCCGCUUUGAAAGUAUCCCCGUUAUCGAUAUCUCUAUAUUAAUCGACCGGUGAAAAUGCCCGAACGAGAGCUCACUUGGUAGGCGGAUAAUAAUAUUCGUUGGAUGUGUUCAGUAUUCAGCAUGCGGAGGCGCUUAUCAGUUUUAAUCGGAUAGCGAUGAUUACGUCAGUUAUCAGUAGUUAUCUGUACUUUUUCCUACUUUGGGGCUUUCCGAGACUUCCCUAUGGAGACGUGCGCGCGCGCGCGCGCGUGCUCUCUCUCGAACGCCUAUGUGUCAAGACCGUAAAUUAGUUUAGUUCAGAUGCCUGGAAAGAUUGCCAAUAAAGUAGUUUAAAACUGGUAGCUAACACCUCUGUGUACUUCCUUGGAUUUUUUCUAUCACUUACCACGUAAUACAUCUGUACAUCUUACCCCUAACUUAGAGUACGAGUAUACUGUGUCUGUAUAUUGUUAUUUCUUGUUCCUUUUAUAUAUAUAUAUAUAUAUACGUAUGUACACGUGUGUUCAGGGCGAGUCCUGGAGGGCCAUUUUGAAAAUUUCAUACAAGAUUUCAUAAAUGAUACUUGCUAAUCAGGACGUGAUAAGCAUUUCUUGAUUACUGCAAAAAAUUAUCCCAAUACAAAAUGUACAAUAUGUACGAUAAAAUUAUCCCAAUAUACAGUUCAAGGGGGGGGUGUUAGUUUGACGCAAGGAAAUUUCAUGAAAUUCGGACAUGUCACAUGACUCGCCCUGUAUACCCUAGCUGGCUGCGUUUGCGGAACGCUCUGCUGUCGUAGGUGCACCAAGGGGUCUCGCUGAUCGAUUAUUAUCAUACCAGUCGAAAUAUGCCCCUAGCCCCCUGUAUGACGGCUGCAUUUGUCAGUUCCCUAUGUACCACCGGGAUUGUCAGAUAUCAGACUGUUAAGGUGAUAUGAAAGUGGCAGGGGUCUCGUUCAUAAUACUCUUCACCGAACUUAAUGUACCGAGUCGUUCCAAACGAAAAGUAAAUAUUUUUUUGGGAAAAAAAAAGAAGAAAAAAAAAAAGAAAUGCUGGACGGCAUUGCUCUGCGUGGCUCCUCGAGGAGAAAUGCAAAAUCUCAAUUUUAUAUAUAUAUAUGUGUAUAUAAUUAUGUAUCAUCCCCACUUCGUUAAUUAAUCCUCCCGGAUUUUCGUUUCUCUGCCCUGAGAUGGGGAUUUCCAUUGAA